CUGCGAUGUCAUGAAAAACAUUUGAACGGCUUCCGUGGGCCAUCAGUUUGUUGGCAAUUCUCGAGCCCGUCGGAACACAAGAAAAUCAGAUUUUGAAAGAAUUACCAUAUUCCAAAAUUAGAAAGUUUCAAAUAUAUCUAUCUCACUCAAAAAAGCCAAAACAAAAGACACACAACAACCAAAGUUUAUCAAUCCAAAAGCCAAACAAAUUGUGAUGUGAUACGAGGCGAAUAACUAACGCGUCUUUUGAGUUUUUCCCUAUUUUCCUUGAUACCUUUUCGGUUAUUUUUGGGUAAAUCUUUUUAUGUUCUGCCGUUUUCGAAAUAUUUUUAUGAGCUGUUAAACGCAUUUAUUGUCGAGUGUUUUCCUCUGUGUGUUUGUGCGCGAAGUUGAUUUGAAAUUUUUAUGCUUUUGGCCAUUUAUGCGCGCUGCUUUUUAUGUGCUCAGAGAAAUCAACAACAAAAUCAUAAAUAAAUAUUUUUGGCCGUGAAUGAAAUUGAAAAUUGCGCACGACAUACGCAAAAAUGCGUAUAUGUAGAGAUUUCAGAACUAAGUGGAUCCAUUAAUUUUUGAAAUUAAACAAGAAGUGCAUUGACUUUGGCACGGCGGCAGACAAAACACAAAGUCAAGGUGUUAUAUUGUUAACUCUUGUUAUUGUUGGCACUAAAUGUUUAUGUGAAUAUAAAUGUGCUUUUGCGAAAUGCAUUUUAUUUAACGAAUUUAUUGGCAAUACCAAGGCGCUAGCGCAGCAACGAAAUAAUCAACAGAAACAUAUUUAAAUAUUGCAAUUUUUGUGUGUGCUUGCGUAAAAAAUUAAUAUUAAUAGCAGAAACGGAAGAAAAGAAACUGAAACGGCAGUUACUAAACCGAUAAAAUAUUGUGUUUCCUGAAUAAAACUCAAACUACAAUAAAACAUACUACGAUUUUAAAAAUCCCUAUAAUUAAACGGUUAACAAAAGUCAACUACGCGGGUCGGUUGUCGUUUACAAAGGAAUAAACCAUAAACUAAACUAUAUUCGUCUAUACACAAAUAUAUAUAUAUAUAUAAAUAUCUAUAUACAGACAUUUAAAAGACAAGCGUUAAAGAGGCUUUCAGAACUAACAUUUAAUGUGAACUUAUUUUAAAACCAUAAAACAAUAAGCUACUUCUACAUACAACAUAAAGGCUUCAAGUUAAAUCAUAUGUGACAAAAGCGAAUAAACAAUUAGCCAACUGCUCAACCAAGUCAACUAAGUAAAUAUUUGUUAAUUACAAAAGCCAAAAACCAACAAAGACAGCAACACUAUACAAAUAAAAGCAAACAAAGUUACAAAACGCCGCAAUUGAAAGCUUCCAUUUUAAAACAGAGAAUUAUAUAUAAAUGCAACACGUAAUAAAUAUUUAAAUAUAUGAAUUUACGCAAAGUAUAUAUGAACGUAUAAAAAAUAUAUAAAUAAAAAAGUUACUAUUUUCUAUAAAUAUAUAAAGCAUAUAUUAUAUGUAAGUGUUGAAGACAGAAACAAUAUUUUAAAUAAUAAAUCAAAUCGAUUGAGAGGAAAAACAGAAUAUUACCAACCUACUGCAAAAAUACAUCUUGGAGACAAAUACAAUAUUCAAACAAAUGCUGUAAUAAUACAUUUAAACAAUAUUUAAAAUAAUAAUAGACAGAGGAACAGAGAAAAUUUAAAUAAAAUCACCCCACAUUCGUCACACAAAUGCUGCAAUAUCAGCAACCGCAACAGCAACAGCAACAACAGCAGCAGCAACAGCUACUGCAGCAGGAGCAACACCAGCAACUGCAACAGCAACAGCAGCAACAUCAGCAACUAUUGCAGCAACAGCUGCCGCAGCAGCGACGGCAAACGUACAAGGAGUACUUGCAGCAACAUCAGCAGCAGAAGCAACAGCAACAGCUGCAGCAGCAACAACAGCAGAACAAGCAGCAACCCCUGCGGAUAUUCCGCGUCCACUACAUCCGGUUGAAUUCCAAGGACGGUGUACCGUCCCUCAACCAGCAGGUCAAUGGCUAUCCCAAUGGAUCCCCGAAUGGCGCCAAAAUGAAGACCAUAGCACCGAAUAUCCGCCGUCGGCGGCGGUGUGAUAAACACCAUUUGGAGCUGUACUGCAAUGAGACCACCACUCCACCCACAAAUGUUCCCACUAGCAGUGGUGGCAGCAAUAACAACACCAGCAGCAGCAGCAGUAAUCAGUUGAAGCCCGGAGGCCUCAGGAUCCGGGAAUGUAUUACAGCACCCAGUACGGCGGCCAGUUCGCCGGUGGAUGAGCACAUGUGCAUCCCAGCACCGCCCAUCACACCACCGCCCGCCUUCCUCACGGAGGGCUACAAACGAUCCAGCACCUCGGUCUCCACCUCGGCUUUGCCCAGUGCCACCAGUAGCCAGGAGACCCAGACCCACAGCCAUAGUCAGAGCCACAACCAGAACCAGACCCACACCCAUAUGCAGGGCCUGAAACCGAACCCGAUACGCCAUCAGAAGCCAUUUCCCGUCGUGGCCAAGCCACUGGGUCCGCAGAAGCCCAGGACGACGGCCACCAUUGCGGUCACGUUGAACAGCGGCUCGAACAAGCCACGUGCCACGGUCAAGAGAAGUUUAGAACCAAGAAAAGACAAGACUGAUGCACAACAACAACACGGAGGCAAUGGCACAAUAUCCACGCCCAACAUCGAGCAGCCCACCUGCCAGGGCUCGAUGCUGCCGCCCCCCGGAGGCGGUGGCCAUCACCAGGUGGACGGGAGUGGCAAGAUGGAGCGGCCCAACACGCUCGCCGGCGCCAACAAGCUGACCCGGCGAGGGGUCAACAUCUGCUACCACAACGAGCACAUGUAUGGCGAAGAUGGAAAAAUGGUGGGUGGUCCGCCGGGCAGCACUCCGCCCCCCUAUCCGGGUGGCAAGCUGCCGCCGGGCGUGAUGCUCAGCGAACUGCCGGAGCCGCCGAUUCCGCUGUCGGAGAUCGGACCGAUCCCACCGCCCCCGAUGUUCUCCACACCGAGUCCCACGCUCAUCGCAGGACGACCGCACGGGCCGGGGGCCGUCAACGAUCAGGAUUACCAGCAGGACUACGACUACGAUGAUCACGAUCCGGAUCAGGAUGAGCUUGACUCGGACGACGAGUACGCCCCGUACGGUGGCAACCAUGUGCGCAUGAUGGACACGCAGCGCGUCGAGGAAAUUCCAGCCAAAGAGCCCAAACCAAAUGCAGUUCCUCUCAAGUCGGCGCUGAAGAAGAAGGGCGGCAUCCAGCCCGCCUCCGCCUCCACGCCGGUCACGCCCACCCAGGAGCAUGGGGCGGGCAGCGCGGCAACGGCGGCGGCCUUGGCAAACAGCAAUGGCGGUAUUGGUUCGAUGGCGGCAGCCGCGGCAGCAGCGGCCCAGCAAUCCACCAACCAGCGUCCGCUGGUCGUUCGCCAGGAUGCAGCGGGCAACAACUAUUCGCUCAAGCCAAUACUACGACCACGGAUUAGACUAUGCAGGCAGCAAAUGUUCAACAUCCAAUUGCCGUGCACUGUGGAGAACAAGGAGAAUGCCCGGCCCUUUGUGAUACGCGAAAGCAGCAGCGAUAGUGACGAGAGCGAUGGCCAUAUCGUCUACCGGGACGAGGACAACGACAACACCCGGCUGGCCAAGCUGGCCCGCAAGGAGUCGCUCUCCCUGAAGCUGAAACUCCGGCCGGACAUGCAGGACCUGAUCAACCGCAACAUCCUGCACCAGGUCAACGACAACGAGCUCAAGGAGUCCAAGGAGGCGAUCGGGGCACGCCUCAUCCGCCGGCUGUCGAUGCGACCCACGGCCGAGGAGCUGGUCGAGCGCAACAUCUUGAAAACUCAAUCACCCGCCGAGGAGAAGAAGCAGAAGGAGGAGAAGAAGUCGUAUCUGUUGCGCAAACUCAGCUUUCGGCCCACUGUCGAGGAGCUCAAGGAGAAGAAGAUCAUCCGGUUCAACGACUACAUCGAGGUCACGCAGGCCCACGACUACGAUCGACGGGCGGACAAGCCGUGGACAAGACUGACGCCAAAGGACAAGGCCGCCAUUCGCAAGGAGCUGAACGAGUUCAAGUCCUCCGAAAUGGCCGUCCACGAGGGCAGUCGGCAUUUGACGAGAUUCCAUAGGCCAUGACGAUUGCAAUGGCAGCAAGUUUCCAGCAAAUUACAACAGCAACCCAAGCAACAAUUGUAUUUUAUGCAGCAUCAAAUUGUCAACAAAUGUUUAAAAGCAAAAAAUUAAGCCAGCAAACUGGGGAAAAAGAAGAACACUUUCAACGCAAAAAACAACCAGGCAUAAAAAUGCAAAUAAAAUAAAAACAAAAAAAAAAACACAAAAAAAAGGAGGAAGGAAGCGUGAGAAGCGAGGAAAAUUAAGAAAGAAAGGCCACAUUCAAGAACAUAAUUAAUAAUUUUAGGUUUCUGUUGAUCAUAGCGAGAGUGCCGCUCGGUUUUCUAAUUUUAAGUUCUUUGUUUCACCUUCUUUAUUUUUGUUAAUUGUGUGUAAAUAAAAUUCUUUCGAUAUUCAAGCCAAUUUCACAACGCAAAUCAAAAUAUCAAUUCGUCUUUUGUAGAAAUGUUAAGUCGCUUUUUGAGUCAAGGCAAUUAUGUAUUAUAUUAUAUAAAAUUAAUCAAUUAAACAACAACAAGGAGAAACACUAAAUGAUAUUCAAUUAAUAAUUAUAUUAAAGCAAAAAAUGGCUGAGAACAAUUCAUUAAAGCUUAGACAUUAAUUUAAACUUACCGUUGCUUUCCAUACAUUUUUAAUUUUGAAUUAAGCCAGCUAAAACACAAAAAAAAAUACAAACAAACUACAAUUCUAAACGAAAAAUUAUGUUUUACAUUUAUAAUUACAUUAUUGUAAAAAGCUUAAAAGUAAACAAAACAACACAUUAAACUUAGAACUACCACAUAUAUACGAUAAUACGGAAAAAUAAAUUCUAAUUUUUCGAAAGACAUGUUUACGAAAGAUAA